AAAAUAUUCUGAAAAAUAAAUGAAUAAAGAAGUGGGAAACUACAAAUAAACCACUAGGACUGUAAUUUUUGGGACAUUCUAUGAUACCCCAAAAGGAAAAAAAUAAAAUUAGCAAAGGGCUUUGAUCACAUCAUUCUUCAAUGGCUAGGCCAUCAUGGUUAGUUGACAGUAGGAGGAUUGCAACAAAAAUUAAGAGUGCAUCAGGUGAUCCUGCAACAGUGAAUUGGAAGAGCAACCCUACAAAAGCUUGCCCUAAUUGCCAGUUUAUCAUUGACAAUAAUGACGUCAGCCAUGACUGGCCAGGAUUGCCAAGAGGUGUAAAAUUUGAUCCAACUGAUCAAGAGAUUAUUUGGCACUUACUUGGAAAAGUCGAAGGUGGUGAUCGGAAUUCCCAUCCUUUUAUUGAUGAGUUCAUUCCAACUGUUGAUGAGGAUGAUGGAAUCUGCUAUACACAUCCUCAAAAUUUACCAGGUGUUAAGCAGGAUGGAAGUGUCUCACACUUCUUUCACCGAGCAAUCAAGGCUUAUAAUACAGGAACGCGUAAGCGUAGGAAAAUACAUGGUGAUAAUUCUGGCGAUGUCCGUUGGCAUAAGACUGGUCGCACAAAACCUGUUAUCUUAGAUGGAAUCCAAAGAGGGUGUAAGAAGAUUAUGGUUCUUUAUAUAAGCCCAUCUAAGGGUGGGAAAGCUGAGAAGACAAAUUGGGUGAUGCACCAGUAUCACCUAGGAACUGGUGAAGAUGAAAGGGAGGGGGAAUAUGUUGUGUCUAAAGUAUUUUAUCAGCAACAGCAAGUCAAGCAGGGUGAAAAAAUUGAACAAGAAUUCCCCGAGGACUUCGAAUGUAUGGUUGCUAAAGUAGAUCCACAUACCCCAAAGUCUGUGACUCCUGAACCCCCUCGCGGUGAGAGACUAUCUUCAAGUAUGGAUGCAAGAGAGCAAAUUGCUGCUUCUAGUCCCAUUAACCAGUAUCAUGAGGUGGAGGAUUAUGUAGAAGAUGGCAUGGGAGCUCUUCCUGAGCAGCCUGAGAAUCAAGACCAAAACAUUGAGAAUCAAAUCGAUGAAACUGGGACAAAAGUUGAGACUGAGACUGGUGAUGACCCGAAAUGGUGGGACAGCGAGUCACAAUAUUUGCUGGAUUCUCAACAACUUGUAGAAGGGCUAUCCUUAUGUGAUGAUCUUCUUGCGAGCCAGUCUCCAAAUAGGGAUGGAAAUGAAAAUGAUCAAGUGCAGAGAUGUAAACCUAGUCUUGCUGAUUAUGCGCUUUUAGGACCCGAGGAUCUGAAGAAGGAUUUGGAGGAGUGCCAACAAUUUGUUGCUGAUCCAGCCAACAUAGAGAUUGGCACUCCACCUGAUUUCCGGCUUAGUCAACUUGAGUUUGGAUCACAGGACAGUUACAUUGCAUGGGGUGGAAACAAGUAUGGUUUUGAUUCUGCGGAGCAAAAUGGUUGAGAUCAUAGCUCAUCGAACGCUGUCAAGAUUGCUAAUCCUUAGGUAUCAAAUUUUGUCAAGCUUGUGGUAAAACUAUGUCUACUGCAAGUUAACAGAAACUAUUACUUGAUGCAACUUCCUGUUUUGUUACCAAUGCGCGGUAAUGCCUCAAAAGGCGUUAAGUCUUUUUGUGCUAGAACGUUCGUUGAACGAUCUGGAUUUCUUGCUUAGUUAACCUUGUACAUAAGGUUUCAUUAUUACUACUAUUUCCUAUGAAAGUUCACAACUUUUUGCCUG